UAUUGUUCUACUUUGCAUUGUUUCUUAAGAAAUUUAGUAGGAUUGUGUCCCAAAAUUUUCUAAUUUUCCAAUGUUAGCCAUAUCUAUUUACUACUAAUCUAAACCCACUUUGAAAUGUCCUAUUAUUUCAGAGACAGUCUUGUACCAUAGCAUAUUCACAAAUGCUUCCUAUCCUAUUGUUGCAUCUUGUGAGGAUAAAUUUUAUUAAUCUGAGAUUUGUAAACUUAUAUAAAUAAAGAAGUAGCGGUAUAAGUUAAGAAGGAAAGAUAAGGGCCAGGGAUUUAGCUCAGUGGUUCCACUACCUGCCUCAAAAGUGCAAGGUCCCAAGUUCGAUCCCUGGUACCAAAAAAAAAAAGAAAGAAAGAAAGUCACUGUAUUAGAAAGAGGAAAGAAGUAUGAGGAGAUAGACAGCUACCUUGUUGCAGUAAGGUAGGGACCCUGGAGCUGGCACUUGAGGGUCUUUGUUCUUAGCCCCUUCUAUUAUACGGCAAGAAGGGACCUCCCCCUUGAGAGUUGUUAUAAUUUGAUUCGCUACUUUGGCCGCUGACCCUCUCUGUUGCCUCCAUACAAAUUCUUGGGAAAGCUCCUUUUAGCCUUUGUUCUGUUAAGGUGUUAUCUCUGAAAUUUAUAGUUGACCCUUACAUACAAGGCUGAGUCAGCAAUUAGUAAAGGGAUAUAUGUACACUUUAGUGUGAUGACAUGGUGAGAAAAUAAUGAAAUAUAUAUGAAUAUGUGCAUAUAUGUAUGUGCAUGGCAGAAGUGGGUAUGUGUUGUAUAUAUUAAGUGAGUUUUCUAUAAUAUAGCCCCACUUUGUCUCCUUUAUACUUAACUGGAGAUUAUGAUUUAAAUCUAGAUGUUCUCCCAAAGCAGGAGCUCAUAGGUGAGGCUUUUGGAAAGUGACUGAGUCAUGGAGAUGGUACUGGAUUAGUCAGAUCACUGUAGUGUGGCCUAAAGCAGUAUAUAUAUAUAUAUAUCACUCCUCCUCCCUCAAUGGCUUGCUGCUUCCCAAUGCCAUGCCAUUAGCAAGCUUCCUGCAUGCCAUGCUCCUCAGCCAAGCCACCCUGCCUUGCAGGCAGCCAACUAUGGACUGAAACCUCUACAAACUGUGAACCGAAAUAAACCUUUCCUCCUUUAAAUUGUGGAUGCUAAAUAUUGUAUCUCAGUGCCAUGAAAGUCAGACAGAUUUGUUCAGUUAUAGCAUUUUUUUAAUGACAGUAGUAGUUUUGUUCCACAUUUUGCAAUUAAUGCUAAAUUGUAGUGAGAAGAAAUUUUACUCAUCAUGUGUCAGAUCUCAUUUCAUUGGCUCUCUAGUUGUCAAUGUGUUCUCCUGUGUCUAUUGUUGACUGCCAUCUUAAGGAUCCACUCUGCUGAGGAACAGCAGGUACCCUUCUCCUCAAGCUCAAUUUAUCUUACUAUAGCUAUAAAAGCAUUCUAGCUCUUUCUUUGUCAUUUACUUCUAUGAAUUUUUGGAAAUAACAGAUUCCUUGAAAAGUCCUGCAUACUGUAGUCAGUACCCUCUUAUUCAGCCUCAGUAAAAAGGAUCAGAACAUGAAAAGGCCUUAGCCAUAAAGCUCUUAGAGGUGUAGUUAAUAGCAACCUUAUGGCCUCCGUAUUUCAUCUUUUCUCCUCACACUUCCCACCUUCCUCUGCUCUUUGGUUUCUUCUUUAGAGUCUUAGAAGCUCUUGGGUAAUAAUGUGUAUAAUAUGGCCCAAUAUAAUAGUCGAUGUGUGUUCUCAUUGUUUUUGUGCUGUAAUGGGCCAUUAAUAAUAGCCACAAAAAAUAUGUCCCUAGUGUACACUUAAAAUGUCCUCACAUAUCUUUUGACACUGCUUCAAGCCACGGAUUUAGCUUAGCAGUUCCACCACCUGCCUCACAAGUACAAGGUACCAAGUUUGAUCCCCAGUACCAAAAACAAAACAAAACAAAACAAAAAAAACAACAGCAACAAAAAAACACUGCUUCAAAUGAAUAAUUUAAAUUGAGUAAUGUAUUUCUGCUUCAGGAAUAUUCAAACGUAUGGCAGUUACACUUUCUGAAAAAGAGAAAUGACUACAUGGGUCACUUGAAGUGUGGGGCUAAAGAAAUCACUUUUAAAAAUGAACAGCAUGGCAGUCAUUAGGCACGGAGCAAGUUGGGACUAUAUUCAGCUGGAAUGAUGACAUUACUAAUGCUCAGAAGAAAACCAAUUCACAUUUGGUUCAUAUUUUCUGAAGCAGUGACCUUUGAGGAUGUGGCUGUGACCUUCACCGUGGAGGAGUGGGCUUUGCUGAAUCCAUCCCAAAAGCAGCUGUACAGAGAUGUGAUGAGGGAAACCUUUAGGAACAUGGCUGCUAUAGGAAGAGCCUGGCAUAACUGGGAAGUUGAAGAAGAGUACAAAAAUUACUGGAGAAAUCUAAGCUUUUUUUAUCAUUAUAGAAGUGAAGAGGUAGAGAAAUGCUAUCAAAAUAAAUGUUGGAAUCAAUAUGAAGAAAUAUUCCUUUGGACUCCAGAUGCUAAUGUGGACAUUAAACAAGCUGGUUUAACACCAGCUGAGGACCUUGCUUGCAGAAAGCCCCUGGUUGGGCAUUUGUCACUAAAUGAGCCCAUCAUAGCUCAUACUGUACUGAAGACAUCUGAGUACUUGGGAUUGGAAGAGAAGCUGUAUAAAUGUAAUGAAUAUGGAAGAACCUGCGGUGAUCUCCAGUCCUUUCAGAAGGAUACAAGGACAAAGACUGGAGAGAAACCCUAUGAAUAUGAUCAAUGUGGGAAAUCCUACCCUGAUCUGAAUGAAAGAACUCACUUUAAAGAGACCUUUGCCUAUAAGAAAAAUUUGAAAGCCAGCACACUUAAUGAUGUUCAGAUCCUUGAAAGAAGUCACAAUGCGGGGAAACCCUAUGUAUGCAAGCAAUGUGGGAAAGCCUUUAGUACACAAAGUAAUUGUAAAAUACAUGAAAGACUUCACACUGGGAAGAAACCCUAUGUAUGUAAACAGUGUGGGAAAGCUUUUAGUACACAAGGUUAUUGUAAAAAACAUGAAAGAAUUCACACUGGGGAGAAACCCUAUAUAUGUAAGCAAUGUGGGAAAGGUUUUAGUACACAAGGUUAUUGUAAAAUACAUGAAAGAAAUCAUGCAAGGGAGAAACCCUAUGUUUGUAAGCAAUGUGGGAAAGCUUUUAGUACACAAGAUUAUUGUAAAAUACAUGAAAGAAAUCACACUGGGGAGAAACCUUAUGUAUGUAAGCAGUGUGGGAAAGCCUUUAGUACACAAAGUCAUUGUAAAGUACAUGAAAGAAUUCACACUGGAGAGAAACCCUAUGUAUGUAAACAAUGUGGGAAAGCUUUUAGUACACAAGAUUAUUGGAAAAGACAUGAAAGAACUCACACAGGGGAGAAACCCUAUAAAUGUAAGCAAUGUGGGAAAGCUUUUAAUACACAAGGCUAUUGUAAAAUACAUGAAAGAACUCACACUGGAGAGAAACCAUAUGUAUGUAAGCAAUGUGGGAAAGCUUUUGGUACACUCAAAAUUUGUAAACAACAUGAAAGAACUCACAUUGGGGAAAAACCUUAUGUGUGUAAGCAGUGUGGGAAAUCUUUUACUACACAAGGUUAUUGUAAAAUACAUGAAAGACUUCACACUGGGGAGAAACCAUAUGUAUGUAAGCAAUGUGGAAAAGCUUUCAAUAAGCAUGUACAUUGUAAAGAACAUGAAAGAACUCACACUGGGGAGAAACCCUAUGUAUGUAAGCAAUGUGGGAAAGCUUUCACUAGGCACAAUCAAUGUAAAAUACAUGAAAGGACUCACACUGGGGAGAAACCCUAUGUAUGUAAGCAAUGUGGGAAAGCUUUCAACAGGUACAGUUAUUGUCAAAUACAUGAAAGAACUCACACUGGGGAGAAACCCUAUGUAUGUAAGCAAUGUGGGAAAGCUUUCAGCAAGCGUGAUUAUUGUCAAAUACAUGAAAGAAUUCACACUGGGGAGAAACCCUAUGUAUGUAAGCAAUGUGGGAAAGCCUUUGGUACACAAAGCCAUUGUAAAAUACAUGAAAGAAUUCACACUGGAGAGAAACCCUAUGUUUGUAAGCAGUGUGGGAAAGCUUUUAGUACAAAAGGUCAUUGUAGAAAACAUGAAAGAACUCACACAGGGGAGAAACCUUAUAUAUGUGAGCAAUGUGGAAAAGCUUUUAGUACACAACGCUAUUGUAAGAUCCAUGAAAAAAGUCACACUGGGGAGAACCCCUAUGUAUGUAAGCAGUGUGGGAAAGCUUUUAGUACACAACGUUAUUGUAAAAUACAUGAAAGACUUCACACUGGGGAGAAACCCUAUGUUUGUAAGCAAUGUGGGAAAGCUUUUAGCACACAUGAUGAUUGUCAAAGACAUGAAAGCACUCACAGUAAGGAGAAGCCCUAUGUAUGUAAGCAGUGUGGGAAAGCUUUCUUCACAUCAAGUAAAUGUCAAAGACAUGAAAGAAUUCACACUGGGGAGAAACCCUAUAUAUGUAAGCAAUGUGGAAAAGCUUUUAACACAGAUGGUGGCUGUAAGAGACAUGAAAGAACCCACACUCGGCAUUAAUUCUAUGUAUGUAUGCAAUAUGGAAAAGAUUUCAGCAUUCCAGGUGUUUUCCAAAGACAAAAGAAUUCAAAAUGGGGAGAAACCAUAUGUAUGUAAACUGGGAACGCUUUCAGUACACACGCGUAUUGUCAAAUAACAUGAAAGAAGUCUCACUGGGGAGAAACUAUAUGUAAGCUUAUUUUGAAAAUCCUGUGAAAAAUUUCUCAUGUAUUAGAGACCUUUAGGAAUAAUUAAUACAAAAAGCUUGAUAUCAAUAUUUCUACAUAAAACUUUCAGAAAAUACAGUCCCAGAUAGAGAUAUCUAUACAUUACGUGUUUUUCAGUAAAUAAUUUAAAUAUCUAGAGUGUAUAUCUGCAAUGUUUAAUUUAAAAAUACUGAGUUGACAUGAUUAGGGUUUUUUUCUGUGUCUGAGCUUAAUACAUAAUGUCUUAAGCAUGAUGAAUUGAAAUGUAUUUUUUACUUCCAAGUAGAGUUAGUAUUUAUGCAGUUUUUGUUUAGUCUUUACAACAGGGAGUGCUGGGUGUGGUGAAGCAUGCCUGUAAACCCAGCACUUGGGAGGCUAAGGCAAGAGGACACUUGGAGUUUGAGCCCAGCCUGGGCUACAUAGUGAGUUCAAGGCCAGCAUGUACUAUAUAGCAAGACCCUGUCUCAGAAAAAUCAUGAAGCCUGAAACAAAGCUGGGAGGUAUAGGCCACCAAAAAGCUUAAUUUUGUUAACUGUUAGGAUUUUGCCAUGACCUUUGUUUUAAUUUUUUGGUGUGUGUACUCUCUGAUGCCAUAUUUUAUAUUAAGAUACAUAUUUUCAGAGACUAGAGAACAUGUUUUUGACAAAGUUGAUUUGUUUUCACACAACUUGUAGAUUACCACGUUUCUUAUAUCGUGACAAGAUAGGUGCUUUUAUCCCAACAUUGUGUACUAUAUCGUACAUAAUUUUGCCUAUUUUUCUUUCAUAUUAGAGCUAAUAUAAUUUACAUAAAAUUUUGUUUUACCAUCAAAAGUGUACUUUUCUCUUUUAUAUUACAAUUAAUCUCUAAUUUGGUGGUGAUUUUUCCACCACAUGUAUCAGAAAUAACCCAAACUUCUGUGAGUUUCUGAUUGCCACAGACCAGGAGGACCAUAAUUUGUCUCCAAAAGGAUAUCUGAAUUAUACUAGUUUCUCCAAAAUGUGUAGUUCAGGAUGGCCUUGAAUUCACUAUGUAGUCCAGGCUGGCCUCAAAUUCAUGGUGAUCAUCUUGCCUUAGCCUUCCAAGUUCUGGGAUUACAGCCAAGCACCACCAUGCCUGGCCAUCAUUAUUAUUUUUACCUAAUAAGCUGAAAUAAUGGCAUGAAGCAAAACCUGAUUAAUGAGAGGUAUCAGUUUUGUAAAAAGUGGGCUAUACUAGGCCUGAGGAUUUAGCUCAGUGGCACCACACCUGCCUUGCAAGCACAAGGUCCUGAGUUCAAUCCCCAGUACAAAAAAAAAGAUAUUAAAUUUAAAUUCAGAUUGUGUUUCACCAGUUUUAGAGAAAUUCAUAUAAUGCCAUUUUUCAUUCGUAAGGACCACUGUCUGAUGUUUGACAUAAGUGACAAAUGCCUUCAAACACAGACUGGCCCAAGGUAUGUGCAUGAGUCCCAGUUGGUAUCCUUUGACCUGUAUUUUUAAAUAUCUUUAACAUUGAAAUAUUUUGUAAAAUGUUUUAUACAAUGUUCUUGAAUACAAAAUUCAAUUUCUGAUGAGGUUAUAUUAUUACAAACAUGGUAUCAUGAAAACAAGUGAGCAAUUCAUUUUUAAAUACCCCUAAAGCGGUAAACAUUAUAGCUUACCCUAGUCUUAAUUAUGCUUAGGCACAUAAAUUACCAGUUGCAUAAUACUAUUUCUGAAAUAUCUGACAUAAUGGAAUAUAAUACACUGCAGCAUCCAGCAUCAGUCUUUUCAUGUACAACUUGUGUCCAACUUCCCUACAGCAGAUUGUUGAAGUUCUGCAGAUGUCACUCAGUGAUUUGGGAAUCCUAAGUUUACUCGCCAGUAUCAAAAUUAUUUUAAUAAAAACCACUAUACAUCA